GCAAGAAGCAUUAAAUAUAAACUCCGGGGACCCAAGAUGUUGGACCCGGAUAAAGAAGAUCAAGAAGCGAUUGCUGCUGAAAAGGAAGCUUUGAACUUGAAGCUGCCUCCCAUUGUGCUUCCUCCUGAAGACCAAAUCACUGACACCCCAGUGCAAACGAAACUCUUGAAAUACAGAAGAAUCAAGGAUGAGGCAAAGAGACUCAAUCAGAUUGUGUAAGUAUGGCUGUGGAACUGGACUGGAGCUGGGGGUACUCAGCGGAAUUAGAACGAGACACUUAAGAGAAGAGGUCCAGUAUCUCCAGAACCAGAAUACCCUUCCACUAUGUACAGUGAACUAAGAAAAAGAGGGGAAAAUUAUGUUUUUAUGAAAAAGUGCGUGGAGAGUAACCCCAUCGUCCCCAUUCAGAAGGAGUGGCUGGACAACAUGUUGAAGCUGGUGCCUUCGUCAUUAAAGAAUGGCAGAAAUAAAGAGGAGCUUGUCCAGAACCUCUUAAAUGAGAUCGCAAAUGAAUUUGAAAAGAGUAUGAAGAGAUAUAUGGUGCGAAGCGCGCUCGUGAGACCGGAGGUGUCGUGGCUGGAAGAUGAGGGCGGCCCGCUGCCGGAAUCCCCUCUGGGUCUGGAUUAUUCCCAGCCUUGGCACAGCAGUUACGUCCAAGCCAGAAACCAGAUCUCGGAGCAUUUGCACGUCCUUCAUCCCAUCCUGAGAAUGUUACUGGAACUGGGCUACACCACGUUUGCCGACAAGCUUUUACUGGACUUAACGGGGUUCAGAGAUAAAGGUCCCAUAGAAUGUGAAACUUUGAGAAAUGAUGUGUCUAUCAAUGCCAGAAAAACAGAAGAGACGUUAAUGAAUACCUGGUAUCCCAGAGUGAUCAAUCUCUUCACCAAGAAGGAAGCUCUUCAGGACAUUAAACCAGAAAAGUUGGAUUCUUUUUAUAACUGUGUAGCCACAAUAAUGUCAAAUCAGCUGAGAGAUCUAUUAACGAGAACAGUGGAAGGAUUUGUAGAUCUCUUUGAUCCUAAUGACCAGAAAUGGCUGCCAAUAUUCAAGAUGGAAUUGACAUUUGAUGAUGAAAGAAUGGACUUUUAUCCAACUUUUCAAGAUCUGCAAGAAGUUGUGGGAGGUGUGGUGGAGCGAAUCGGAGAAACUCUGCAGAAUGUCCAGACCGUGCAGUCUUGGCUGUCAGGGGGACCCACGACCGUAACCCUUAGCACGGAGCUUCCUGAUCAUGUCAUGAACUGGGCCCUUGACACUCUGAAGGAGGCAGUGAAUCUGAACUUGGAAGGACCAAGGGCACACUUUAAUGAAUACGUUGAAAAAUAUAGCUGGCUUAUUGAUGGGACUGCUGUUGAACAAUUAAAAAAAUUUCAGGAAGAGGAUCACACUUUUGAUGAGUACACUGAACUGAUAGAAGAAUUUUCAAACCUCGCUACAGAAAUCAUGUUGCUGCCACAUUUGGCUCAUUUCCCCAUGGUACGUUUGGACUGUGAUGAUUUGAAGCAAGGACUGGUGAAAAAAGUAAAAAGCUAUUCAAAUUUACUCUUGAAUGACAUAGCUACAAAACACAGAAAUGAGAAUGAAAGUAUUUGCCUUGAAUUUGAAAAUAUCAAAGAACAUGCACUGAAAGUUCCUGACACAACAGAAGAAAUGAUGGAAUUGAUAGGCUAUGUGGAAACUGCCAGGACUCAGGGUGUCCAGCAACUGGCAGUAAGAAUCCAGGAAUGCCAGCGCCGAAUGAAUUACUUUUUGGAUGUCUUCAUAUUUCCCCCUGAAGAUUUGGAAUUAAACGCCUCUGUUCUCCUUUGGCCCCGGAACAUCAAUCCUAUCUUUAAUGAAAAUGAUGAUCUAAUUGAGAAUGCCAAGCGGAAAGGCGAGAAUGACUUGGUGGCUAAGAGGGAGAAACUUAUUCUGGAGAUCGACAAGGCAUCUCGGCGCAUGGAAGAGUUUACGGAAUAUGCAGAAUUGGAACGGAUGCAGCAGUAUGUGACGGAUGUGAGAAUGCUGCAAAAACGUAUUCAGGAUGCAGACGAGACGGUCGCUUUUAUUAAUAAAGAAGAAGAACUCUUUAAAUGGGAAUUGACAAAAUAUCCAGAACUAGACAAGUUAAAAGUCAGCGUUGAACCCUAUCAGAAGUUCUUUUCUUUUAUUUUGAAGUGGCAAAGGACAGAAAAACGGUGGAUGGAUGGAGGCUUUCUGGACCUUAAUGGAGAAAGCAUGGAAACUGAUGUCGAUGAAUUUUUCAGAGAAGUUUACAAGAGCCUGAGAUUCUUCCAAUUGAAGCAAAAGAAAGAAGCGCAAGAAAAAAGGAAGGCAAAAGGAAGACGAUCCAUAACAGAUGAAAAAAUAGAGGAAGACAUUAAAGAUAACCCUACAGUUGUAAUGUGUCAUGCGGUCAUGGAACAGAUCAAAAACUUUAAGGAAAACAUCCCUACUGUCAGUAUCCUGUGUAAUCCAGGUUUGAGAGCUCGUCACUGGAAAGAGAUGUCGGAAAUUGCAGGAUUUGAUUUAACUCCGGAUUCAGGGACCACACUCAGAAAAGUAUUAAAGUUAAACCUUGAACCAUUUCUGGACAAAUUUGAAGUCAUCAGUGCUGGAGCGAGCAAGGAAUUUUCCCUGGAGAAAGCCAUGCAUACGAUGAUAGACACAUGGGAUGACAUCACUUUUCACAUUAGUCCAUAUCGGGAGACUGGAGUCAGCAUCCUCUCCGCUGUGGAUGAAAUUCAGGCCAUCCUGGAUGAACAGAUCAUCAAGACUCAGACUAUGAGAGGCUCACCCUUCAUUAAGCCAUUUGAAAAAGAGAUCAAGUCCUGGGAGGACCGCUUGAUCCGAAUCCAAGAAACCAUUGAUGAGUGGCUAAAGGUGCAGGCUCAGUGGCUGUAUCUGGAGCCUAUCUUCUGCUCUGAGGACAUCAUGCAGCAGAUGCCCGAGGAAGGGCGGCAGUUUCAGACCGUGGACAGACACUGGCGGGACGUCAUGAAGUACUGUGCCAAAGACCCCAAGGUCCUCGCUGCCACGGCGCUGACGGGCUUGCUGGAGAAGCUGCAGAACUGCAACGACCUCCUGGACAAGAUCAUGAAGGGCCUGAAUGCCUACUUGGAGAAGAAGCGACUUUUCUUCCCACGCUUCUUCUUCUUGUCCAACGAUGAGAUGCUGGAGAUCCUGUCUGAGACCAAAGACCCACUCCGCGUGCAGCCGCACCUGAAGAAGUGCUUCGAGGGCAUCUCCAAGCUGGAGUUCCUGCCCAACCUGGACAUCCGGUCCAUGUACAGCACCGAGGGCGAGCGCGUGGAGCUCAUCGCCCUCAUCUCCACGGCCGAGGCCCGCGGGGCCGUGGAGAAGUGGCUCAUCCAGGUGGAGGACCUGAUGCUGAGGAGCAUCCACCAAGUCAUCGCCCUGUCCUGGAUGGCUUAUCCACAAUCAGAAAGAAAAGACUGGGUACGAGAAUGGCCCGGUCAGGUGGUACUUUGCGUCUCUCAGAUGUACUGGACAAUUCAGACUCAAGAAAACAUAAGCAGUGGACCGGAGGGAUUAAGAAAAUACUAUGACAACCUUCAACUUCAGCUCAAUGACAUUGUGAACUUGGUCCGAGGGAAGCUGUCCAAACAGACCAGGAUCACUCUUGGGGCUUUGGUCACGAUUGAUGUGCAUGCUCGGGAUGUUGUCAUGGACAUGGUUGAAAUGGGUGUCUCAAAAGAUACAGAUUUUCAGUGGCUCGCUCAGCUCCGAUACUAUUGGGAACGGGAGAAUGUUCGGGUUCGAAUCAUUAACUGCAAUGUCAAAUAUGCUUAUGAAUACCUUGGCAACUCACCUCGUCUUGUCAUCACGCCUCUAACGGACAGAUGCUACCGGACCUUGAUAGGAGCCUUUUAUUUAAAUCUUGGUGGAGCUCCUGAGGGCCCAGCGGGCACAGGAAAAACUGAAACUACGAAGGACCUGGCUAAGGCCUUGGCGGUCCAGUGUGUGGUCUUCAACUGCUCCGAUGGCUUAGAUUACUUGGCCAUGGGAAAGUUUUUUAAAGGUUUGGCGUCUUCUGGGGCAUGGGCAUGUUUUGAUGAAUUUAAUCGAAUUGAGCUAGAAGUCUUGUCCGUGGUUGCCCAGCAGAUCCUUUGCAUCCAGAGAGCCAUCCAGUUGAAGUUGGAAGUGUUUAAUUUUGAAGGGACAGAGUUGAAACUCAACCCAAACUGCUUUGUAGCCAUCACCAUGAAUCCUGGCUAUGCUGGGCGCUCUGAACUACCAGACAACCUCAAGGUGCUCUUCCGGACUGUGGCCAUGAUGGUGCCCAACUACGCCCUCAUUGCAGAGAUCUCGCUCUACUCGUAUGGGUUUCUGAACGCCAAGCCCCUAUCCGUGAAGAUCGUGAUGACCUACAGGCUGUGUUCGGAGCAGCUCUCCUCGCAGUUUCACUACGACUAUGGCAUGCGGGCCGUGAAGGCCGUGCUGGUGGCCGCCGGCAAUCUCAAGCUCAAGUUUCCAAAUGAAAAUGAAGAUAUCUUGCUUCUUCGAUCAAUAAAGGAUGUGAAUGAACCCAAGUUUCUGUCCCAUGACAUACCCUUGUUUAACGGAAUAACAAGUGACUUGUUUCCUGGUAUCAAGCUCCCAGAAGCUGAUUAUAAUGAUUUUCUAGAAUGUGCUCACGAGUGCUGCAAAAUGCACAAUCUUCAGCCUGUUAAAGUAUUUCUCGAAAAAAUGAUUCAGACCUAUGAAAUGAUGAUUGUUAGACAUGGGUUCAUGCUUGUCGGGGAACCUUACGCGGGGAAGACCAAAGUUCUGCACGUGUUGGCUGACACACUCUCACUUAUGAAUGAGCGUUCAUAUGGAGAGGAAGAGAAGGUGAUUCACAGGACAGUGAACCCCAAGUCGAUCACAAUGGGCCAGCUUUUUGGGCAAUUUGAUCCCGUGUCUCACGAGUGGACAGAUGGUAUCGUUGCCAACACCUUUAGAGAAUUUGCCCUUGCUGAGACCCCGGACCGCAAAUGGGUGGUAUUUGAUGGGCCCAUUGAUACACUGUGGAUUGAAAGCAUGAACACGGUAUUGGAUGACAACAAAAAACUUUGCCUGAUGAGUGGGGAGAUCAUCCAGAUGUCUGCUCAGAUGAGCCUCAUCUUUGAAGCCAUGGACCUUUCCCAGGCCUCGCCAGCCACUGUCAGUCGCUGUGGUAUGAUCUACAUGGAACCCCUGCAGCUAGGCUGGGAACCUCUAGUUGCCUCUUGGUUGAGUUCCCUGCAAGAACCUCUGAACAGAGACGAAUACCAGGCUCUGCUGAAAGAACUCUUUAAUUGGUUGACACCUGCGGCUCUACGGGUUCGUCAGAAAAAAUGCAAGGAGCUGAUUCCCACAAGCAACAGCAACGUCGUCGUGUCUCUCACUCGCCUCUUUGAAAUCUUGCUCUCUGAUGUGGCGGCCGAAGACCCCAACAGUAAACACAUCCGUAUUUGGAUCUUGGCCUGCUUUAUAUUCUCUUUGAUUUGGUCCAUUGGGGCAAGCUGUGACUCAAAUGGACGUAUCGUCUUUGAUACUUUUGUCAGAGAAAUUAUAACAGGGAAGGAUCAAGAACACCCAAUACCACCUCUGGUGGGCAAAUGGGAAUGCAACUUUGAUGACAAAGGCCUGGUCUAUGACUAUACGUAUGAGUUGAAGAACCGAGGCCGGUGGGUCCACUGGAAUGAAUUAAUUAAAUCUACUUCUUUAGGAGACAAGAAAACCAAAAUUCAAGAAAUUAUCGUUCCUACAAUGGACACAAUUAGAUAUACUUUUUUAAUGGAUUUGUGUCUUACCAAUCAGAAGCCACUGCUUUUCGUGGGUCCAACAGGUACUGGGAAAUCAGUCUAUGUGAAGGAUAAACUCAUGCAUCAUUUGAACAGGGAUCAAUAUUUUCCAUUCUUUGUUAAUUUCUCUGCAAGGACCAGUGCCAAUCAAGUUCAGAACAUUAUCAUGGCAAGGUUGGACAAGAGGCGCAAAGGAGUGUUUGGCCCUCCCAUGGGCAAGAAGUGCGUGAUAUUUAUAGAUGACAUGAAUAUGCCGGCCCUGGAGAAAUAUGGAGCUCAGCCACCUAUUGAACUGUUACGCCAAUUUUUUGACUAUAAAAAUUGGUACGACUUGAAGGACACGACUAAAAUUGUGCUGCAGGACAUCCAGCUGAUUGCUGCGAUGGGCCCACCAGGUGGGGGGAGGAAUCCCGUCACUCCGCGAUUCAUACGCCAUUUCAACAUCUGUUCCAUUAACACCUUCAGUGAUGAAACCAUGGUCAGGAUCUUCUCCGCCAUUGUUGCUUUCUACCUGAGGACUCGCGAUUUCACACCAGAGUACUUUGCUCUUGGAAACCAAAUUGUUAAUGGGACUAUGGAGAUCUAUAAACGGUCCAUGGAAAACCUAUUGCCCACCCCAGCCAAGUCUCACUACACAUUCAACCUGCGGGAUUUCUCCCGGGUCAUUCUGGGCUGCCUGCUCAUCGACAGGGAAGCGGUGGAGCACAAGCACACGAUGGUGCGGCUCUUCGUCCAUGAGGUCCUGCGGGUGUUCUACGACCGCCUGGUGGACGACUUUGACCGAGGGUGGCUGUUUGAUCAGAUCAAGACCGUCAUCAAGGACCACUUCAGAGAGAACUUUGACACCGUCUUCACCCACCUGAGGAAGGAGAACAAGUCGGUAAAAGAGGAGGAUUUAAGAAGUCUCCUGUUUGGGGAUUACAUGAAUCCAGAUCUUGAAGGAGAUGAAAGAGUUUACAUAGAAAUUCCAGAUGUGAAGACUUUCAAUGACGUAGUAGAACAAUGUUUGGAGGAAUACAACCAGACCCACAAGACGAGAAUGAACCUCGUCAUUUUCCGGUAUGUGUUGGAACACCUUUCUCGAAUUUGCCGCAUCCUGAAGCAGUCUGGGGGAAAUGCUUUGCUGGUUGGUCUGGGAGGAAGUGGCCGCCAAUCUAUGACCCGACUUGCCACAUCUAUGGCAAAGAUGCAGAUGUUCCAACCAGAAAUUUCCAAGAGUUAUGGGAUGAAUGAAUGGAGAGAUGACCUCAAGAAUCUCCUGAGAAGUGCUGGUAUGAGGGGCUUGAAGACAGUGUUUCUCAUCACAGACACGCAGAUCAAGGAGGAAGCGUUUUUGGAGGAUGUUGACAGUGUACUCAACACUGGAGAAGUCCCAAACAUCUUUGCAGCAGAUGAAAAACAGGAAGUGAUGGAGGGUGUUCGUCCGGCGGCCCAGGCUGGCCUCAAACAUGGCGAGCUCAGUCCACUGGCCCUGUUCGCCUUCUUUGUGAAUCAGUGCCGAGACAAUCUCCAUGUCGUGGUUGCCUUCAGCCCCAUUGGGGAUGCUUUUCGCAAUCGCUUGAGGCAGUUCCCCUCUCUCAUCAAUUGCUGUACCAUCGACUGGUUCCAGCCAUGGCCUGAAGAUGCCUUGGAACGUGUGGCCGUUAAGUUCUUAGAAACCCUGGAGCUCACGAAAAACGAGAGGGUGGAAGUCGUUCCCAUCUGUAAACACUUUCAUACGUCCAUUAUGGAUCUCUCAGCAAGGUUCUUGCAAGAUUUGGGACGACAUAACUACGUGACUCCUACGUCUUACCUGGAACUGAUUGCAGCGUUUCGGCUGCUCUUGACUCAGAAGCGCCAGGCCGUCAUGAAAGCCAAAUUCAGAUAUACCAACGGGCUUGAUAAAUUAGCUUUUGCUGAAUCCCAGGUGGGGGAGAUGAAGCUAGAACUGGUGCAGUUACAGCCCAUGCUGGAGCAGGCCAAAGUGGAGAAUGCCAACAUGAUGCAGGUGAUUGAGGUGGAGUCUGCGCAGGUGGAAGCCAAGAGAAAGUUUGUCAAGAUAGAUGAGGAGCUGGCGACAGCGAAGGCCGAGGAGGCCCAGACCCUGAAAAACGAGUGCGAGAGUGACCUCGCUGAGGCCAUCCCCGCCCUGGAAGCUGCUCUCUCUGCGCUGGACACGCUGAAGCCUUCUGACAUCACUAUUGUGAAGUCCAUGAAAAAUCCUCCAUCUGGAGUCAAGCUCGUGAUGGCUGCUAUUUGUGUCAUGAAAGACAUAAAACCAGAGAAAAUCACGGACCCUUCGGGAACUGGAGGCAAGAUCUUGGAUUAUUGGGCUCCCAGCAAAAAGUUACUGGGAGACAUGAAUUUCUUAAGAGACCUGAAAGAAUAUGACAAGGACAACAUUCCAGUGAGCGUUAUGCAGAAGAUUCGAGGUGAAUACCUAACAAACCCCGAAUUUGACCCCCCUAAAGUAGCUAAGGCAUCUUCUGCAGCUGAGGGUCUGUGCAAAUGGAUCAUGGCUAUGGAGGUCUAUGACAGAGUUGCAAAGGUGGUUGCUCCCAAGAAAGCUCGUUUAGCCGAAGCUCAGAAGUCUCUGGCAGAGACGAUGGAGCUCCUGAAUCAGAAGAGAGCAGAACUCCAGGCGGUGGAGGAUCGCCUGGACAAUUUACAACAGACCUUCCGUGAGAAAACGGAGGAAAAAGCUCGGCUGGAAGAUCAGGUGGAGCUGUGUGCGAAGAAAUUGGAGAGAGCUUCUAGACUGAUUGGCGGAUUGGGUGGAGAGAAAACAAGAUGGUCUCAAGCAGCAGAUGACCUUCAGGACACGUAUGACAACCUGACUGGAGAUGUUCUGGUCUCAGCCGGAGUCAUAGCCUACCUGGGUGCUUUCACCGCGAGUUUCCGCCAGGAGUGUACCAAGGACUGGAGCAUGCUGUGCAAGAUAAAAGAAAUCCCUUGCUCAGACGAAUUCUCCCUGAGUAAGACUCUGGGCGAUCCAAUCAAGAUUCGAGCCUGGAAUAUUGCCGGAUUACCAACAGAUGUAUUCUCCAUAGACAACGGUGUGAUCGUUACCAAUUCCAGACGUUGGCCUCUGAUGAUUGAUCCCCAAGGUCAAGCCAACAAGUGGAUUAAGAACUCUGAGAGGGAUAACCAACUAAGUGUGAUUAAGCUCUCAGAUUCGGACUACAUGAGGACAUUGGAAAAUUGCAUUCAAUUUGGUGCCCCACUCCUUUUAGAAAAUGUUGGGGAAGAGUUGGAUCCCUCUUUGGAGCCUUUACUGCUUAGACAAACAUUUAAACAAGGAGGCAUCGAUUGCAUAAGGCUCGGGGAAGUCAUUAUCGAAUAUUCCUUUGACUUCAAAUUCUACAUCACUACGAAGCUGAGGAAUCCGCAUUAUAUGCCCGAGCUGGCCACAAAGGUUUCUCUGCUCAAUUUCAUGAUCACGCCAGAGGGACUCCAAGACCAGCUGCUGGGUAUUGUAGUCGCAAAGGAGAGACCAGAGCUAGAAGAAGAGAGAAAUGCUCUAAUCCUCCAGUCCGCCGCCAACAAGAAGCAACUGCACGAUAUAGAAAGCAAGAUUCUGGAAACUCUGUCGUCCUCCGAAGGGAACAUUUUGGAGGAUGAAAGUGCAAUCAAAGUCUUGGAUUCGGCAAAGAUCAUGUCCAACGAGAUCACCAAGAAGCAGCAGAUUGCAGAAAAAACAGAAAUCAAAAUAGCGGAAUCGAGAGAAGGCUAUCGACCCAUCGCUAACCAUUCCUCGGUAUUAUUCUUCAGCAUCGCAGAUCUGGCUAACAUCGACCCUAUGUACCAGUAUUCACACUGGUUCGUUAAUCUUUAUAUCAACUCGAUUCAUGACAGUAACCGAUCCAAGAUUUUGGAAAAGCGCCUGCGUUACUUAAAUGACCACUUCACGUAUAACUUAUAUUGUAAUGUGUGUCGGUCCCUGUUUGAGAAGGACAAACUGCUCUUCUCCUUUUUGCUGUGUGCUAACCUGCUCUUAGCAAAGAAAGACAUUGAAUAUGCAGAAUUCAUGUUUCUUUUGACUGGUGGAAUUGGCCUGAAAAGUGCUGAGAAAAAUCCAGAUCCUUCAUGGUUACAAGAAAAAAGUUGGGAAGAGCUGUGCCGGGCGAGUGAGCUCCCAGCCUUUAAAGGCCUCAGGGAACAUUUUCGGAAGAAUCUUGACGAUUGGCGUGAUAUCUAUGACAGUAAAGAACCACAUUCUGUUCCUUUCCCCCCACCAUUGGACACAGACCUGAAUGAACUGCAAAAGAUAAUUUUGCUUCGUUGCUUAAGGCCUGAUAAGAUCAGCCCAGCUAUAACUAAUUAUGUGACUGAUAAACUGGGAAAGAAGUUUGUUGAGCCUCCGCCUUUUGAUUUGGCAAAGAGUUAUUUAGACUCAAAUUGCACCAUCCCCCUCAUCUUCGUGCUGUCUCCAGGAGCAGAUCCCAUGGCCAGCCUUCUGAAAUUUGCAAAUGAUAAAAGUAUGUCUGGAAAUAAGUUUCAAGCCAUUUCACUAGGACAGGGGCAAGGGCCCAUCGCAGCAAAAAUGAUCAAAGAAAGCAUGGAGGCAGGAACGUGGGUUUGCUUACAGAACUGCCACCUUGCUGUGUCGUGGAUGCCCAUGCUUGAAAAAAUCUGUGAAGAGUUUAGCGUUGAGACCUGCCAGCCGUCCUUUCGGCUCUGGCUUACCAGCUACCCGUCUGAAAAGUUUCCAGUAACAAUUCUACAGAAUGGAGUUAAAAUGACAAAUGAGCCCCCGACAGGUCUCCGGCUGAAUCUCAUGCAGUCUUAUCUCACAGAUCCUAUUUCUGAUAGUCAGUUUUUCAAAGGAUGUCCUGGGAAGGAACAGGUGUGGGAGAAGCUGCUUUUUGGAGUUUGCUUUUUUCAUGCCCUUGUCCAGGAGCGGAAGAAGUUCGGCCCUCUUGGGUGGAACAUCCCGUAUGGGUUUAACGAGUCCGAUUUGCGCAUCAGUAUCCGGCAGCUGCAGCUAUUUGUGAAUGAGUAUGAGUCAGUCCCAUUUGAAGCCAUCACUUACCUCACGGGGGAGUGUAACUAUGGCGGACGAGUGACCGAUGAUUGGGACAGGCGCCUCUUGCUCACUAUCCUGGCUGAUUUUUACAAUCGAGAGAUCAUCGAGAACCCACAUUAUAUGUUUUCUCCCAGUGGAAACUACUACGCCCCUCCUCGGAGUAACUAUGAGGAUUACAUUGAAUUUAUUAAGAAACUCCCAUUCACUCAGCACCCUGAGAUAUUCGGGCUGCACGAAAAUGUGGACAUCUCCAAGGAUCUGCACCAGACCAAGACCCUUUUUGAAUCUUUGCUCUUAACCCAAGGGGGAACCACCCAGUCGGGGUCUUCAGGAAGCGCCGACACCACCCUGUUUGAAAUCACCGAAGAUAUUCUGGGCAAGCUCCCCUUCGACUUUGACAUCGAGUCAGCCUUGUGGAGGUUUCCUGUGAGAUAUGAGGAAAGCAUGAAUACGGUCUUGGUGCAGGAAAUGGAGAGAUUUAACAACCUGAUUAAAACAAUCCGCAGCUCGCUGAUAAACCUCGAGAAGGCAAUCAGGGGGCUGGUGGUCAUGGACUCAGAGCUCGAGGCCUUGAGCAGCAGCCUGAUGGUGGGGAAGGUGCCAGAAAAGUGGGCCAAGCGUUCCUACCCCAGCCUCAAGCCCCUGGGCAGCUACAUCACAGACUUCCUUCUCAGGCUGACCUUCUUACAGAUCUGGUAUGAAGUCGGCAAGCCCACCGUGUUUUGGCUCUCGGGCUUCUUUUUCACCCAGGCCUUUCUGACCGGAGCCAUGCAGAAUUUUGCUCGGAAGUAUACGAUCCCCAUCGACUUGCUGGGAUACGAGUUUCAGGUGAUUCCCUUAGACACCAUGGAAACCCCCCCUGAAGAUGGAGUUUACAUCCACGGCUUGUACCUGGACGGAGCGCGCUGGGACAGGAUCAAGGGACAGCUCGCCGAACAGCUCCCUAAAAUUCUCUUUGAUGCGAUGCCCGUCAUAUGGAUAAAACCAGUUGAGAAGUCCAAAAUUAUGAAGACCGUUGCCUACACAUGUCCCCUCUACAAGACAAGUGAGCGGAAAGGGACCCUGUCCACGACCGGUCACUCCACCAACUUUGUCAUCGCCAUGAUGUUAGAGACAGACCUCCCUGUCCAGCACUGGAUCAAGCGAGGGGUGGCUCUACUGUGUCAGCUGGAUGACUAGGCCGGGCAGAUCCAGAGCAUGGGACACCCGAGGCCCUCACGUGUCUUCAGAGCCACUGGAGACUCCGCCACCUCCAAGACCUGUGUCUCAGGGUCCUUCCUGAGCACUUAAAAAAAAAAAAAAAAAAGACUUCAUUUAUAGAAACCUUUCCCCCCAGAAACCACUGUGUUUAAUCCGGACUUCAUGUGAUGAGCAAGAUAAACUUGCUGUGACAUCACACUUUGAUUGUGAAAAGAAAUUUUAUUUUUUUUUAAAGUAUCUUCCUCCUUUUGUGUCGUUGAUUUUUUUUUUUCUAUUUAUGGUAUGUGCAUGUAUACAAAAAAGAAUCCGAUGAAAGAGAAUGAACUGGAAUUAU